GUGAUCUCUUGGACGCGAACGAUCGCCGACACCGAGACCGAAACCGAGACCGAAACCGAGCGAGCGUGCGGUUCGGGUUGGAUAUUAUUUUAUUUUCGUAAUUUUAUUGGUCAGCUGGAAUCGUCUGUCGAAUGUCGUCUCUGGCAGAUUCAAGCGGCGCGCUUCCCGAUCUGGCACUCGACUCUUUCAGUGAACGGUUGGUUGGUCGUUUUGGGCGGCUUUUGAUCGUUUUUGGUUAGGCGCCCCCGAGACAAGUUUUCCGCUGCAUUCGACACUGCCUGCUGUUGCUGCUUCUUCCGUGCCAAUUUGUUGUGUUGCGCUACCCGUGAUCGUGUUAGUGAUCCUUCUUCCGUGGGGCCACCGUUGUUGUGCACACACUUGUUGCUUGUUCCUUGUCCGCCGGUCCGCGGUGUGGUGUGCGCUUCGUUGACGAAUUUAUUUUCGUUGAUUUCGCCCGCGUGUCGCGUGGCCGCAGGAAAACCGCGCCGCGACCACCUGUUGCUGUUAUCGCUCGUGAAGGGUAGUGAACGUUGCAGAACCACCGGUGUGAUUGGCUAUGCUGAAAGAUUAGCCCCAAAAGUGAUCAACGAGGGUGGUGAAAAAAGUGUUGCUCGGAAAAGCAAUAGAAAUAUCACGUUCGUUUAGUGCGUUGAGGAGAAGGAGGAGAGUAAUGGAGUUGGCCAUCGGGGGCUAAACACGCGGUAUAUUUAGAACCAACCGAUAGCUGCACUUCCUCUUUCGCUUCCCGAAUUCGAACAACCCAGAUAGCGAAUCGUCGACAUAUGCACCUCGUUAGCCUCAUGUAAAAGUGCCCCUUAGUGAGAUCUAUCGCAGGCCGCGUGUCCAGUGUUCGUUUUUUAGACACACGCACACACACAAUAGCCGACCAGGAAAAGUGAAGUACUACGUCGGCAAUACUAGCUGCACAUCCGGAUUCACCGAGGGACAUCUUGGAAGGAGAAAUCAACUGUUGCUGUUGCUGUUGCUGCCGUCGUUUGCUGAGACCACCAGGGACAACAUCGUCGGAGACCAUCUGCUGUAUGCUGAGCCUCAUCGCAUCAUCGUCGUCAUCCUGCUCGUCGUCCUGCUUCCUGCUUCCUGCUUCCUGUUCCAGAUCACGUGGCCAGUUUGCUGCUCCAGAACGUGCGUGUACCGCCCAGCAGCCCAGAAUUGGAUCUUCUUCGAUAAACGCCGCCACCGGCCACACACGCUCGCUGAAUUUAUCGUUUGUUUCGCUUAUUGUACCGCUUAGAUCGAUUUAGGCCGAAAGUUUCGUUUUAUUGAGAAAUUGUGCAAAUCGGAUUGUUUUGGUCCCGGAAACGGAACCGGGCACUUUUAAUCGGGAUUUCGUGUAAUCGCGGGUGAUUUUCGGUGACCAAACUGGCCUUAUCGCGGGCCCCCUAAUCCUCGGGCCUUCGUUCGCGAUAUCAGAAACACCCAGGCCUUCGUCGUGCGUGCGUUUUUCUGGUUUUGAGAUCGCGCUCGUUUCGGAAAUCUGCGAAUUCGCGGUCGUUUUUAAAACAAUCGUCUUCUCUCCUCCGCGAAAUCCGGGUGAAAUCGGAGUGAAAAACGUGUGUGUGUGUGUCCCGUAAUCGUUCCCCGUCCCUCGCGCUCUCCAGCGCAAUUUUUUCUGUGUGACCGGUCUCAAAAAAGCCGCAAAAAUUUGGGAAAUCAUGGACCCCACCGGGCGCGAUUCGCGCUACAACCUCCAAUAUAUGAUGCCGGACACUCCGGAGAUCUACGGCAAUCCGAACGGGACUCUGGCCAGACCCCCGAGCGGCGGUCUCGGGGGAGGACAGGUCAUGACCCGGGGCGGAAACGGAAACGGAUUGCUGAACGGACCUCAGUGCGGUAGUGGCGGGGGAGGCGGGGGAGGCUUAUCGAGGGGAAUUAAACGCACCAACUCGGACUGCUACGACGACCGCCAACAGCUGGUCGGAUCGCAGACGAUGACGGGGUUGGAGGGAAUUACGGUGGGCUCGGAAGUCGUUGAUGAGAGCUACACCUCUCUUCAGCCCAAAAAAUCGCCACCGAGUAAUGGCAAAAAGACGAAAGGUCGCGUUAAGAUCAAAAUGGAAUACAUCGACAAUAAACUGCGGCGGUACACGACGUUCUCCAAGCGCAAAACCGGCAUCAUGAAGAAGGCCUAUGAGCUUUCGACAUUGACCGGGACGCAGGUGAUGCUGCUCGUCGCCUCCGAAACCGGUCACGUGUACACAUUUGCGACGCGCAAGCUGCAACCGAUGAUCACGUCGGAGGCGGGCAAGGCGCUGAUACAGACGUGCCUGAAUUCGCCCGAUCCACCGACGGGGUCAUCCGGUGAUCAGCGCAUGUCCGCGACCGGAUUCGAGGAGACGGAGCUUAGCUACAACAUUGGCGACGAAGACUCCAAAGAUGAUCGGUCACCGAUGUCGUCUGGCAGUGAGUCGGACGAUGGCUCGGGACCGGAAUCACCACCACCAGGACCUAGUUCUAGUAUCAACAGCAAUCAUCAUCAGCAUCCUAGCAGCGUUAGUGAGAAGACAUCAUCAUCAUCAGCAAUAGCAGCAGCAGCGCCAACAGGCAAUGCAAAGAAACAGCAGCAGCAGCAAUCAAUCGAUACGAAACCUGAAACACUCGUGUCCACCAGUACAUCAACACCGGUAGCGCUAUCACCGACGGCCGCGGCCACGAUGAACGCCAUCCAGCAGCAGAUCGUGCAACAGCAGCAAGCGCUCCAGCAGCAAAUUCAGCAACAACUACAGACGCAAAAACAACAGAAACAACCGACAACACGAGGGAAAGCUUCCCUUAAAAACAAACCAGAACCACAACCAAUAGCACCGGCCGUAACCAGCGUAGCGACCGCACCAGCAGUGACCAGCAGCAUCGUUUAUCCGGCGGCAGCCCUAAGUACGCUCCCACAGGACGUGCUAGUGAACUUGAUCCAAUCCGGACAGAUACAGCUGCACGGUGAAGAAAACGGUUCCCAGCAAUACGUCACCAUCCCAAUGCCGCUCAUCAAAGCCUCCAGCUCAAAAUCGUCUUCCAAUGGUCAGCAAAAAUCGCCCUCCGCCGGAUCACCUUCCUCCUCGACGACACGGAACGGUGGCGGAAGCUCCACAUCAUCACGACGGAGAUCGUCAGCGGCGGCCACGAUUAAGACCGAAGUGUUGGACUAGCAUCUGGCCGAACCGUAGGCCGUAUCCACCUUUACUUUUUAUCACAAACCGUUCUUAUCAGGAUGGCCGUUGUGUGUGUGUCCUUUAUUUUGUUUUAUCCUUAUAUUUCCCGCGAAACAAUCUUGUGGCACUAGACACUACGGUCUAGUGCACCCAAUGUUUAAGAUAUGCUUCGAAGUUGUUUAUUUUUUAUUCAAUCAGCUCUCUUGCUCAUAUUAUGUUGAGUUUCUUUGGCUGAUACCAAAUCAUCACUUAUUAGGGGAGGCCUGGGCGAGUCUCUUGAGAUUCAAUCAUUGACACAAAUAACAAACAUGAAUCGUGUUAUCUAUUCGCAAAGGCUUGGCGCGAAUUCGGAAGCAAGAGCUCGACUGAGAGCGGUGCGGGGAAUGAAAAGAUCUCGAUUCAAAGCGCUCAAGCUCGCGUUCCAACGGGAACGUGCAGCAACGAGCAAUCAGAGGAAUCGUGCCAAAUUGCAACGUAACUUAAAAUUAUUCGCGAUCUAGUGAAUUAAAAUUUAGGUUUUGAUUAGCAAAUAUGCCAAAUGGCACUGCUGUGUGCCAGUUCGUAUUUAUCUCGCCAACAGCGGAGAAAGAGAGAGAGAGAGAGACAAAGAGAGAGCGAGAGAGAGAGAGAGAGAGAGAGAGAGAGAGACAGACAGAGAGACAGAGGAGAAACAGUCCCUUUGAGUCCUUAACGUUUUGUAUUUGUUCUGUUUUACAAAGUGUGUUUAUAACAGCUAUCUUGCUUUAAGGUUACCGUUUCAUACUUUUUUUUAUUUCGCGACUGGUUUCGUUCUAAUAUUUGUGCCCUUUUGGCACCACUGCAAAAUUCUUUUAUAGUAAAAGUUACACCAGACUAAAGAAAAACGCAGAAAACAAACAUGUUCGAUUGGUUAUCUUCGUUAAGCUACGCUUCGCUAUCAUGAUUGCUGCCUAAUACAUAACAUUAGAUAAAUUUUACUAAUUAAUUUGUACGAUAGUUUUCAUAACUAUUAAUAAUAUUAUUAUCUUGAAAUAAGAAUGCCAACGGUGCGCUUCCUUGGCGCAAUCCGCUUAACGUUGGUGAUUGUUUUCGCUGUAAAACAGGAUCAGGGCACCCAGGGUACCCCAUUCUAUUGUCCUUCCUCCUCCACCCCCUUCUAGACUCUACAAUAAAUUAUAUUAUAAUAAA